AUGGGUGGGCCAGUGACAUUGGUGAGUGGGCGGCAUCGAAGGUUAACCAUCAUCGAGUGCCCACAGGAGAUGUCCGCCAUGUUGGAUUUGGCCAAGAUUGCUGAUUUGGUGUUGCUUCUCAUAGACGCAUCCUACGGUUUUGAGCUUGAAACCUUCGAGUUCAUCAACAUUUUGCAAGUGCAUGGGUUUCCUCGUGUCAUCGGCGUUCUUACACAUUUGGAUUCGUUCAAAGAGAACAAGCAGCUCAGGAAGGUCAAAAAGACGAUGAAACAUCGCUUUUGGGCUGAACUGUACGAUGGCGCGAAGCUCUUCUACUUGAGUGGAUUGCAGUACGGGCGUUAUCACAGGCUGGAGAUCCAGAAUCUGGCUCGCUUUAUUGCUGUGCAGAAGGCCCCCAUUUUGUCGUGGCGCCAGAGUCAUCCCUACAUCCUGGCGCUGCGCUGGGAAGACCAGACGGACCCCACCUUGGCGGAGACGGCGCCCAGGAGAGUUGAUUUGUACGGCUAUGUCUAUGGAGGAAGAUUGCGAGAAGGACUCGAAGUGCACCUUCCUGGUGUAGGAGACUUCAACGUAGCGGGCAUCAAGAAACUAUCUGAUCCGUGUCCCCCUCCCAUGGAGACGGAAGCUGAGCGGAGAAAGGCAGCUGCGCGAAAGCCGGAUGAGAAGCCGAAGACGAAGAAUGCACUUCGCACCUUGGCAGAGCGUCAUCGUGUGGUUUAUGCUCCCGGCUCGGACAUCGGCAGCAUCACGGUGGAUUCGGAGGCGGGAGACCCAGUGGACCUGUGGCUUUGUGCACAAGCUGUGGAUACCCCCAAAAAAGCGCUUUUAAUUGGGAGGAAAUGGAUCAAUCAUGAGAUUUUGGGUAAUGGUUGUGUCUUCAGACAAACCAAAUGA